AUGCUCCUCUCCGUAAUCCCUCUCUCAAGCUCAAACUCCCCUCCCCUCCUCCUUAAUCACACUCUCACUUCCACUUCCACUCCCACUCCUACUGCUACUAACCUCGUCUCCACCUCCGCUACCCUCAAGCCACUCCUCCGAGCCUUCUCCGCUCCCUCUUCCUCUUCUCUAACCACCAGCAACGACAAUCUCGAAAAUCCUAUCCAUCACGUGACACACACGCUCUCAGAUAAUGAUGAGGAGGAAACUGGAGGAGGAUCGGAGUUGGUGUCUUCGGCAUCCGCCGUUGCUUCUGCUAUUCGAAGAGGUUCGAGUUCUCCAGUGGAGUUUGUACAGAAAAUAGAGAAGGAUCAUAGCAACAACAACAACAACAAGACCAAAUUGGUGCUGCCCAGCCCUGAUUUUCAGAGACUUUGCGUCCAACAACUCGACCUCUUUCGCAGAAUCGUCGAUCCCGAUGCUAUUCUUUCCGUCUGUAGUUAUGUAAUGGACCGUUUAGAGCUCCGUCGAGUGUCGUCGUAUCCCGGAGUGAAUGCAUCAUCAGCUGAGAUUGUGAUUUUAGUUGCUAAUUUCAGUGUCCCAACUGGAUUACGUGCUGCAGAAGCUGCACUUUCUAGUAAACAAGUAGUAACAUUUUGCAAGGUGCAACAAGCAUCGGUAGAAUGUGUGCCUGAGCAUACAGCUGUUGUGUUUCCAAUGGUAAAGCACCCGUUUGUUGUUGGGUUCUUGGUUGCUGAGCUACCGAUGAUGGAAACGGACAUAUCGUGUGCAAAUAGGCAAAGCGAUUUGAUUGACUUGCCAUCUCCUGAGGAAGCCUAUGCUUUGCCUUCUGCCCCCGAUAAAAAAUCAAAAUUGUGGAACAUCCAGACUUUAAAUGACGAGCCAUUGAGGAUGUUUAACUUUACAGCUGAGCAGAGAUUGAAUGCUAUCAAUAUCUCGCAUACUCUAGCUAUGGCUUAUGUUAUGGAUCAGAAAGCAUUGUUACUGCAGCAAUCAUCAUGGCAAAAUAAUGUCAGAAUGACUGCUCUGGUUGAGCAGAUUCGUGGCCCUCUCUCUAGCAUUAGAACUCUAAGUAAAAUGUUAUCAAAUCACACGAGCAGAAGUGAGGUUGCGUAUGACAUUGUUGAAGACAUAAUGGUUCAAGGUGAUCAUAUGAGAGACACCCUUCAAGAACUCCAGGAUGCUGCCAAUAUAGUGCGGCACAAUAAAGAGACAUUAAAAAAAAUUCACAAGUCAGCUUAUACCCAUCCAGAGUCAAUGAGAUCUCAAUUACCAGAUAACUUCCUGAAUGAUAACAGCAAUAAGUUGCAAAGUUCUGGCAAACCACGUUCUCUAAAUCCUGCAUCCAAGGACUCAGAAAUGCCCAUGCCACCUUUGGCUCUUGCUCCUCUACAACAACAUGAAAUACGACCAUGCAAUGUUUCUGAGGUGCUGUCAGAUUUGGUUGAGGCAGCGAGACCCCUUGCCAAUAAGCAGCAGCGUAUUCUAGAGCUCAGUGAACUUUCUCAAUCUCUGCAAGUUGCCGUAGAAGAACCAGCUUUACGUCAGGCUUUGAGCAAUUUAAUCGAGGGUGCCUUAUUGCGUACACAUGUUGGUGGCAAGGUUGAAAUUGUAUCUUCUGGAGCACCAGCAGGUGGUGGUCUUGUAGUUGUUGAAGACGAUGGCCCCGAUAUGCACUACAUGACCCAGAUGCAUUCACUUAUACCAUUUGGGGCAGAGCUCUUCUCAGAAAACAUGGUUGAAGACAACAUGACAUGGAAUUUUGUUGCUGGGCUGACUGUUGCUCGUGAGAUACUUGAGAGUUAUGGUUGUGUGGUCCGUGUCAUAUCACCUCGAAUCUCAGAUGCAGCCCUUGUGGCCGUGCUCACGAGACUUAGCAAUAAAAUGGCUUUGACACUGGCAGGAUUGAAUGCUUGCCUGAAAUUAAGAAACAGCAUGUCGCGACUGGUGGCGGCUGAAGUUGAACUGGUUGCUGCUGCUUCUAUUUCAGCUGGUCAUUUGUGA